AUGAACGGUGAGCACGGCCUGCUACUCGAACUACAGGAAAUGUCAACAGCAGUCACAAAGACUGUUGCAGCCGCAGUCGUUGUGGCCUCCAGCAUGGAUAAUAGCUCCGUCUACUCAUACGAUGUGGCCGCCACAAAUUUGCUGUACCCGUGGGGUGCGACAAGUGGCACGGGCGGUGGCGGCGGUGGUGGUGGCGCAGGCGGUGCGGGGGAGGGCGGCGCAGCAAUAACAUUGACGGCAGCACAGCGCGUUGCCGACAGUAUUGUCGAUGUGACCGCCUUGGACCGACCAGCCGUUGCCCAGAGCAAUGGGUCACAGUUCCUGCUCGACAGCUAUCCUAGUGGCAACGAUAGUCUGGACUAUGCGUUGUAUCAGCAACAAAUGGCCGGACAAUGCCGGCAGGGUGAUGGCAAUAUGUCCUACUGGAACUUAACCUGCGACUCACCCCUGGACUACGCCCUGCCCCUGUACGGCUACUGUAUGCCCUUCCUGCUGAUCAUCACCAUCAUCUCGAACUCGCUGAUUGUGCUCGUGCUGAGCAAGAAGAGCAUGGCAACGCCAACUAAUUUUGUACUAAUGGGCAUGGCAAUAUGCGAUAUGCUGACGGUCAUAUUUCCAGCCCCUGGACUUUGGUAUAUGUACACAUUUGGUAAUCAUUACAAGCCCCUCCAUCCGGUCUCCAUGUGUCUGGCCUACAGCAUUUUCAAUGAGAUAAUGCCGGCCAUGUGGCACACCAUCUCUAUAUGGCUGACGUUGGCCUUAGCAGUUCAAAGAUACAUCUACGUAUGCCACGCACCCAUGGCCAGGACCUGGUGCACCAUGCCGCGAGUAAAGCGCUGCACCAUCUACAUAGCGCUGCUGGCUUUUCUGCAUCAGUUGCCGCGCUUCUUUGACCGCACCUACAUGCCGUUGCAGAUCGAAUGGAAUGGGAACGAGACUGAGGUGUGCCACAUGGAGACAUCGCUGUGGGUGCACGAGUAUGUCGGCGUGGAUCUGUACUUCACCAGCUACUAUAUGUUUCGCGUGCUCUUCGUACACUUGGCGCCGUGCAUCAUUCUGGUGACGUUGAACAUAUUGCUUUUUGUGGCCAUGCGGCAAGCGCAGGAGCGUCGCAAGUUGCUCUUCCGUGAGAAUCGGAAGAAGGAGUGCAAGAAGCUGCGCGAGUCCAACUGCACCACCUUGAUGCUGAUUGUGGUGGUGACGGUGUUCCUUAUUGCCGAGAUACCCAUUGCUGUGGUUACAGCCAUGCACAUUGUCAGCUCGCUAAUCAUUGAGUUUUUGGAUUAUGGCAUCGCGAAUAUAUUCAUAAUGAUGACCAACUUCUUUCUGGUGGUCAGCUAUCCGAUUAACUUUGGCAUCUAUUGCGGCAUGUCGCGACAAUUCCGUGAGACUUUCAAGGAGAUAUUUUUGGGGCGCAUCAUUGCUAAGAAGGACAGCUCGUCCAAGUACUCGAUUGUGAAUGGCCCACGCACCUGCACGAACACCAACGAGACUGUGCUCUAG